GCCAAUUUGACAUUUGUUUGACAGUCGUCGUGUGAUGAGUGGUGUGUGCGGAACGAAAAUAAUCCAAAUAAAAUACAAAUUCGUAACACAUUCUAAAACAUUUUAACAUGUGAGUGAUGAGUUGUACGGAAAAUGACAGUGGACCUUUUGUCGUAUUCUUCUUACCUGCAGUUGUGGGCUGCUUAACCAUACUCCUGGCUAGACGCUGGGCUAAUACUCAAGUCAGUAGCUCAUCCUCGACAGCCAUCUCGCGGCGGCGUAAGAUCAUCAAGGAUCCGCUUAUCAAGCGACCUCUGCCACCGAUCGCUUGUAAAAUGGUUCCACCGAUAUCUAAGAAGUCUUCAGGGGUGUCUAAGAAGGGUAGUGUGCCGGUUGUCGAUGAUGACAACGGGAAGCGUGGUCGUUCAGUCCGAGCGCCUACAGCGUGCGCUGCUGCGGCAGCCUUUGCAGAGCUGAAAAGCGACGGACCCCCUCCUCCAAAACACAUCCCAUUCCCAAACAUCCCUCACGAUGGGGUGCUGUUAUUCGAAGUGAUGAUGUUCGUCUUCACACUGGUCGCCACAGGACUGCAGUUCCUAAAUUUGUACAGGACAGCCUGGUGGCUACCACAUUCCUUCACUAAUCAGGCUAUGAACUUCUACCUAAUAGAUCCACACCUGGUUGUGUUCAUUGUGACGUUAAUAUCGAGGCGGUUCGUGAUGGCAGCCACCUUGUCAUUGAUUAGGACAGUAGUCACAGCCAAGUUGAUGCCAUCCACUGUAGCGGCAGCCAGAAUGUUUAUACUGGGCCUGGUAGUGGGUAUUCUGGCUUGGUGUGCAUAUUUCAUUUUGCUCAAGCAUCCAAUUGUUAAAUUAUUCUACUUGUGUUAUCCAAUAGUAAUCUACGUCGUCCUGUUUGGCUUCCAAUCGAGUCCAUUGCUCGAACUGAACUCGGGCCCACCACCGUUGCACUGCUGUAGCCACGUGCCUUCGGACGUGCGUCAGGAAGCAGACACAUUAAGGGAAGACUUCAACUUGAGGAUCAAGAAAAUAUUGUUCAACUCGGUAGCUGGAGCGUACUAUUCUAGUUUUAUACCGUGCUGUUUUGCACAGUCGUAUCUCUACUACGACGUGUACGGCGCGUCGCAACAAGUAGUGUUCGUAUGGGGCUGUCUGUUCGGCCGCUACGCGCACCAGUUGCUACCAGCGACGUAUUGUGACGUGUUGCACCGCUCUGCGAUACAUCUUGGCAGCUGGCGCCUUCACAGUACUAGUAUAGAACCUAACGUGGGACUGUGGAUAUGCAGCGUGCUGUGGUCACAAGGCGCACUAGCCUCGUUUCAAGGCCGCACGUACGCCGCCGCCGCGCCCACGGUCGCUGCGCAGCCCAAUAACAGUGGACACGCGCGGUUCUACUCUGUGUUCAUAAACCCAUCCACGCUUCUGUGCCUGCUACUAGUCCUACAGCUGGCCUUCAUCGUGCUGGAACUAUGCCUGCUAUUCAGUUCACUGGCCUGGCACAACUUCAUGUCGAUCCUCAUACUGCUCUUCAUCAACUACUACACACUGUUCAAGAUGAUGCGCGACUACCUCGUCGCGUGGAAAGUUUAUAAGGCGGAACAUAUGAUACAAGACAAAAACGCAUCGCAUUCCAACUGAGCGCAUCAAACAAAAUUACAGGCUGAGAUCAAAACAA